AUGACAUCUUCCGCCUUCAUUUCAGGAGCAACUGGAUUUAUUGCUCAACAUAUUAUAAAGCAAUUGCUUGAAAAGGGGUAUAGUGUAGUUGGUUCUGUUAGAAAUGAAUCAAAAGGUGAAAAUUUAAAGAAAAAUUUUGCAACUGAUAGGUUUACUUACGAAAUAGUUGAUGACUUGGAGACUGUAGGAGCUUUCGACGAAGCUUUAAAGAAACAUCCCGAAGUUACGAUUUUUCUUCAUACUGCGACGCCAGUUACGUUUGAAGCAGAGGACAAUGAAAAGGAUAUCAUAUUGCCAGCUAUUAAUGGUACUGUGAAUGUGCUAAAGGCUAUUAAAUCCACAGCUCCACAAAUUGAUAAAGUUGUAUUAACUUCUUCAAUUGUCUCUCAAAUAGACCUUGGAUCUGUCCACACAAUUGUAGAUGAGUUAGCAUGGAAUGAUCUUAGUUAUGACACUGCCAAGCUGAACGGAUUUGCUGCAUACUGUGGAGCCAAGACAUUUGCAGAAAAGGCUGCAAAUGACUUUGUGAAGAAAGAGGAGCCAAACUUUACUGUGUCUACUAUUCAUCCUGUCUACGUUUUCGGGCCCCAAGCAUUUGAUCUGGAAGCAAAGGGCCACUUAAACUUAUCAAAUAACUUUAUUAGUGAGUUAUUGGUGUUGAAAGAGGACCAAAAUGCUGAAGUUCCAAAAGAAUACGGUUCUUUCAUUGAUGUUCGAGAUGUGGCAGCAGCCCAUAUAAGAGAAAUUGAGAAGCCUUCUAACGGAUUAAGAGUGAUAACCAAAAGUGGAGAUUUCUUCAGUCAAGAAUUGUUAGACAUAAUCAACAGAAAUUUUCCACAAUUGCACCUCACCAAGGGUAGGCCUGGAUCAAUGCCUUUUGCUAGAAAAAUUGAUGACACAAAAUCAAGAGAUUACUUAAAAAUCGACUAUAUUGAUUUAGAGAAUUCCGUCAGAGAUACAGUAAAGCAAUAUAUUGAAGCAAAUGAUUUAUAG